GCUUAAUUAUUCGGGUGGCCAUUCCUCCAUUGUCCACUUGCCAUUUGCCUGGUUCCUGUAAUUCAAAAAAAACCAGCACAGUUAUUCAGUUACCGCUUACCACCAUAGCCAUGAGUCUUCUUGUUGCCGUCGGUCAGCCGUUCUCUUUGUGCCCGUGUGGUUCGAUUCAAAAGAAACCUUGUAGAGGCGUGGUAAGAUUAUUUCCAAUCAGAGCAGCUUUGGUGGAGGCGAGACCUAGAACCGUGCCUGCAUUGAGAGAUGAUGGGCCCGGGUCUGGAUUGGUCUUAGCGGGGGAUCGAACUGACGACCUGCAGGCCGAGGCAAGGGCCAUGGCACGUGCCGCCAAUGCCUCCGUCUACAGCCCCGAACUUCUUGCCGUCAAAUACGGCUCUCGCCCGAUCAAGGUAUUGCGGAGGACCCUGCAAAUUUUGAUUGCGGUGAGUUCAUUCGGCUUAACACUGUUGGUUGACCAAAGGAAUGGCCAGCUCGAUCGAAAUAAAAGACUUAGGGCCGCCGAGCUGAGAAGAGUUUUCACCCGAUUGGGCCCUACUUUUGUGAAAAUAGGUCAGGGCUUGUCCACCAGGCCCGACAUCUGUCCACCGGAGUAUCUCGAGGAGCUCUCCGAACUUCAAGAUGCUUUACCGACAUUCCCCGAUGCAGAGGCAUUUUCAUGCAUUGAGAGGGAGUUGGGACUACCAAUUGACUCCAUAUUCUCAUCCAUAUCUCCAUCGCCAAUUGCGGCAGCAAGUUUAGGUCAAGUUUAUAAAGCUCAACUGAAGUAUUCUGGGCAGGUUGUUGCUGUAAAGGUGCAACGCCCUGGUAUUGAAGAAGCUAUAGGACUUGACUUCUACCUGAUAAGAGCUCUAGGAUUUCUAAUAAAUAAAUACGUUGACAUAAUCUCCAGUGAUGUUGUUGCUCUUAUUGAUGAAUUUGCACGCAGAGUUUAUCAAGAGCUCAACUAUGUGCAGGAGGGGCAGAAUGCAAGGAGGUUUAAGAAAUUGUAUGCGGACAAGGAAGAUGUCCUUGUCCCAGAUAUUUUCUGGGAUUAUACGAGUGGCAAAGUAUUGACAAUGGAAUGGGUUGAUGGAGUCAAAUUAAAUGAGCAAGAUGCCAUUGAGAGACAAGGCUUGAGGGUUUUGGAUCUGGUGAACACAGGUAUACAGUGCAGCCUUAGGCAGCUACUUGAGUAUGGAUAUUUUCAUGCAGAUCCUCAUCCUGGUAAUCUCUUGGCAACACCUGAGGGAAAGCUUGCCUUUCUUGACUUUGGAAUGAUGAGUGAGACUCCUGAAGAAGCAAGAUUUGCUAUUAUAGGUCAUGUUGUUCACAUGGUCAAUCGAGACUAUGAAGCUAUGGCUCGUGAUUACUAUGCUCUUGAUUUCUUGUCACCUGAUGUAGAUGUUUCUCCAAUUGUACCGGCACUUCGAAACUUCUUUGACGAUGCACUUAAUUCAACUGUUAGUGAACUAAACUUCAAAACAAUAGUGGAUGGUCUGGGUGCUGUUUUAUAUCAAUAUCCAUUCAAUGUUCCAGCAUAUUAUGCAUUGAUAUUGAGGUCGCUUACUGUACUGGAAGGUUUAGCACUUUAUGCUGAUCCUAAUUUCAAGGUGCUGGCAGCAUCAUAUCCAUACUUUGCUAAAAGGCUUCUAACAGAUCCAAAUCCAUAUCUCAGAGAUGCACUUAUUGAGCUGCUUUUUAAGGAUGGGAAGUUUAGGUGGAACAGACUUGAAAAUCUACUAGUACAGGGAAGAAAAGAUCGAGACUUUUCUGUAAAAGAUGCUUUGCAACCAGUUUUGAAGCUGUUGUUGGGUCCAGAGGGUGAAGAGCUAAGGGAUUUAGUAAUUAAAGAGGCCGUCCGUGUUACCGAAACUUUUGUUUUAGGCACAGUUAUUGAUACAUACAACUAUAUCCCCGAUCUUAUGAGGACUCUAAUGUUUAAUGGCAAUGCAACUGGACCUCUUUUGAUGAGUAAUACUGAAAAGGAAAGCAUGAUGGAGCUUCGAGAUCAAGUGUUAAGGAUUUGGGGACUUCUGCGAUCCUCUGAACAAUUUGAUCCAGCAGUUUUGCAGCCUAUUUUACAGGUCCUUCAACAACCCGAGGCACGUAGUCUAGGGGGGCGUGUUAUUGGCGGGAUCACUCAACGUCUUGCUGCACGCUUACUACAACAAGUACUCCGAGCUCCAAUGACUGAUUCUACUUCGACCUUGUGACAAUAGUAACAGUUUUUGGGUGAGCUAAAAGAUGUAUUUAUAUUUUUCUUGUCAACUUUGAUAAAAAUGCUUAUGCAAUCUUCUUCCCAUACUUCUGUACCAUAUUAAAAUGAAAAAGGAAAAUGUCACUUCUGGAAUAUAUAUAUAUGGGUUGAGCAGAGUGGGCCUGCCCCAGAGUAA